UGCGUACGGCGUCCGCGGUGACGUCGACGAAGCUGCUACUGAACGUGAUGCGCUCCUGCCCAACAUCACCAAUGACGACCUCGAGGAUGUUCCACGAGCUCUCGCACGGAUUCAACGAGACGAUCGCGCCACUCGCCGAGCCUGAGCGUCUGCGCCCAUUGGAAAAGGCUCUGCUGCUGCUGGCGCUCGUCCUCUUCCUCCUCACGUCUGUCUUUGUUGGACUCUUCGCGGGUGCACAGCACAAGCUCGCACAUUCGGCUCCACCCUGGUCGUCUCCUUGGCCCUCCCCCACACCGAGUCCUCCAAAUAAACCAGGCCAUAGCGAGCCGCCCGUGGACAAUCACCCUCCCGAAACUUGCUUUACGCGGGACUGCGUCCUGACCGCGUCGGAUAUCCUACGAGGCAUCGACGAGUCCUUUGACCCUUGCGACGACUUUUACUCAUUUGCGGUCAACGGAUGGCUUUCAUCGCACCCUAUCCCAGCCGAUGCGGGUCUCUUCGGCGCCGGACAAUACGUCGCUGCGACCAAUGCCAAAGUCGUGCAAAAGCUGCUCGAGGCGGCGCCGAGCAAGCCUCGCAGUAAGGACUUUGACGAGCGCAGCCUCACCAAGCUCAAGGGCUUCUACAACAGCUGUAUGGACCCGCAGAGUCAGGACAAGUACGGGAACGAGCCGCUCCUCGAGAUCCUGGAAGAGAUAUCCUUCCUAUUCUCCAAACGGGACACCAGGAAGGUCAAGAAGCAUGCCUUCUUUGCGUCCUUGACAGAUCAGCUGGAGAAUCCGAAUGAAGCUGAUCUUGUGCUUCAGGGAGAGAAAGCCUACCGUGAUCCUCUCCCUCCGAAUAUCCCGCCUGGUCGAUCCCCGCGCCCGCACUUGCCUUCGGACAAGCCCGGCCCGCUGCCACCUGCACCUGGCGGUGCCAAUUCGCGCCAAGCUCGCUUCACGCGAACGCUUGCGUGGGUGCACUCUCGUGGCUUGCCGGCUUUGUUCCAGUGGACAAUUGAUGGCGACUAUGGCAAGGAUCCACAGUUAGGAACGCCCGCACUCUUUGCCGGUGGACUGGGCCUGCCCGACACCGAGUACUACGAGGACAAGGAUGAGCUCGAGUUUUACGGCAACGUCAUCGAGCAGGCUUUGUUUGCGCUUCGCGCGGAGAUGAAGCAGACCAUCCUUACCCAGGGUGAGGGCAUGGGCGAAGGUAAAAUAGGCAAGAAGGAGCUGCCAAGCAAGGAGGCGAUCCGUCAUCUCACAAACCAGGUCGUCAAAUUCGAGCAAUCCCUCGCCAACAUUACACCAUCGAGCACAGAUGCGGACCCUUCGUCUUCGUACAACCCGACGAACCUGACAAUCCUCUCUUACAGCAUGCGCUCGAUCGAGUGGCCGUCGUACUUUUCGGCUCUGGCCGUCAGGCCACCGCGGGUGGUCAUUCUUAACGACCCAUCCUUCGUGACGCGGCUCGACAGCCUCAUCUCGCGCACACAGGAUGAGGUGCUGGAAGCAUAUUUGCUCUGGACAGCAAUUCGCUCUCUCGGCUUGAACCUCGGUCCGGGCGCGAGCUUGCGCAAGCCAGCCGACAGGCUGGACCGGCGCGCGAAAGGCGUUGACCCGGACGCGGAGGAGGACCGGUUGACGACGUGUUUGGCGAGCCUGAACCAAGCUCUUGGCUUCAUGACGGGCCGCUUCUUUGUGCAGGAGGCGUUCAGUGCCGAGGCAAAGGCGAAAGCAGAGAGCAUCGUGGUGGGCAUUGUUGAGGCAUUCAAGAGCCGGCUUCCCGAGCUCGACUGGCUUGACGAAAAGACGCGCUCGUACGCACGGGAGAAGGCGGAUGCCGUUCGUGUUAAGGUGGGCUACCCGGACCGGUACCCAAAUACCACAAAUGCGUCAGCGAUUUUCAACUUCUACGCUGACCUGAACGUGCACGAGGAUGACUAUUUUGGCAAUCGAAGGCAAUGGAGCUACACGGACCGUGUACUGAACCCUGCUCGCUGGGACAUGUACACGUCGGAGGUCAACGCAUAUUACAACCCUGGAGGCAAUGAGAUCGUCUUUCCCGCGGGUUUGCUGCAGCCGCCGUACUUUAGUAUGUCGUGGCCGGACUUUAUGCAGUACGGUGCGUUCGGCACGACGGCGGGGCAUGAGCUGUCACACGCGUUCGACCCGGCUGGGCGGCUGUACGACAAGGACGGGUAUCUGCGCGACUGGUGGUCGAAGGACACAACGGCCGAGUUCAACAAGCGGAAGGAGUGCCUGUUGGCACAGUACGGCAACUACACCAUCUCGGACGGUAAAGGCGGGCAGCUGCACCUCAACGCCAAGCUUUCGAUUGGGGAGGAUGUCGCCGACGGCGGAGGAAUCGAGCAGAGCUUCCGCGCGUGGUGGCACUCGCUGCAGAGUGGCGGCGAUGCGGCCGCGGCUCGCAAUGCGCUGUUGCCCGGCGUUAAGUACACACGCGAGCAGCUCUUCUUUAUCGCGUACGGCCUCGCGUGGGCGCGCAACAUCCGGACGGAAGAGGGGAUAAGGCGUUUAAGGACGGACGAGCACUCGCCGACCAAAUACCGCGUUAUCGGGCCCGUGUCGAACAGCCGGUCGUUCGCGGCUGCGUUUGGGUGCAAGGCGGGUGUCGACCGAAUGGCCCGCUCGGACUCGGAGAGGUGCGAGAUCUGGUGAAAUAGCAGAGGCGGCGAGAAGACCAGCGCCAGCGCCUCGAAGAGGCUAGUAUGUAACCAUUCACGUUGCGCCAAAGGAAAGCAGUGUCAGGAGCACAAAUUGGAACCAGUGUAUUGCAUGCGAUCAGACUAGCAGUGCUUGCUCGGAAUACAUUUAGUGCCAC